AUGCUGUUGCAGAAUCUGGCUACGCCAAGACCUGCAACAGUAUUAUUGACCUUCAAGGAUCUACUCACCCGCACAAAAGACCUUUUACGAUUUCUGCUAAUUGCCGAAAGCCUUCCGGAGUCUACAACGUUGAUGAAAGGCACUAUUCUCCAUGCUACUUGUGACGACGGUGCCGGAGGCUGGAAAGAGACUUCGAUUGAUACGAAUCCUUACAUCGCUAACUACGAUGGAAGAAUGAGCUGCUUUGGUUUAGAGGGAGUAUAA